CCUGGACAGAGAAGCUGGCUCCGACAAACACCACAACUUGGUGUGAAGAAAUCUAAGUUAACUUAUGGUCUGACAAAUACACAAAGGCUAAGGCUAGCAAGAGUCAAUCCUGAUUGGGCAAAAAAUGUAGACAAAGAAGAAAAUGAUGCCAAGACUCAAAAACAAAAAUUAAAGAAGAGUUUUAGAGAGGAUCAGGAGUUUGAGACAGGUUAUUUAUCUGAUACCUUGACAGAGGUCAGACGUUUGGCAGAAAAGAACCUUCAAGAUACUCUGGCUGAAGAUACAAUGUUGUACGGAACGAUGAACUCAACAUCAAAAUCGAACCGAAGGAGGAUUUCUCCACCAAGACGAAAACAAAAACAGUCUAGAAAUCAAAGCAAGUCCCCUAGGGGUUCAAAACAAGCCCUGGGAAAAUCAAAGUCUGCAGAACUAAAGGGGUCUAAAAAUGUUGAACCGAAAAGUGCAGAGGAGAAUCUUUCUGACCGAGACUCUCCUAGUCUUCCCAGUCAGAGAAGCAUCCAAGUCCGCAUUCCAAGUGCCCAGAUGCACGAAGAAAGUGAUGAUGAUGAAAGUUUCAGCGAUUUAGAGCUAAAGGCACAAGGUAAAAGUGGACGAUUCCCUGGCUUUCACGAUGAUAAUGAAAGUUUACCAGAUUCCAUUGGAGCGGAAGCCAUGGAUAAUAAAUUUGACAAUGAUUCAUUUGAAUUAAAGGAAGAUGACUUUGACCAACCUUUGGAAUCGACACGAAAUUCUAAACCAUCUCCACCGAAGGCAAAGAAAUGGCACAGUCGUAAAUCUUCCGAGGAUCCGAAUAACUUAUACAAUGAUGAUUCAUUUGAAUCGGAUAUCUCCCCUCGGCGAGAGAAAGCAGACAUGCCAGAAAAGUCCCGAACAUUUCAGUCCACAGAGGAUUAUAGUACUCACCAGUUUCAGUCAACGGAGGAACCAGAACUUCAACGACUUAUGAGUUCUGGAGAGCGGUCGGAAUUAUCUGAUGUAAUGAGCUCCGAAAAAUCUGCCAAAUCUCCAGUCCCUCUUACAGCCAGCAUGAACUCUGCAAGAUUCCAGGUGAUCAACCCAAAAGCGUCACUCCAGUCACCGAUCCCAGCGCUGCGCCGUUCACAGGUAAAACUGGACGGUUCUAUGGGUAGGCCUUCACCAACAGGCACUCCAAGGUCACAGACAAGCUCUCGGUUUCCGACUCCUAAACCGAGAAAGGCGAAUACGAGGGAGAAACGCACAGAGUUGAAACGUGAAUCUCUACACACCGAGUCUAUUAGCUCCUAUGUGCCAUCUGACGGAGACUUUAAUCCGUCGCUGGAAAGUGAUAACUAUUCAGAUGACUUUUCGUCUCUUAGUGGUCGCGAAGAACUUAAGAAGAUGAAAGACCUUCCAAGAAUAUUUCCUUCCGCAAAACUGGGAUACACUAUUCAUUAGUUUCCAUACAUAGUGCUUUAGAGUUUGUGAACGAUAGUUUAAUUUUUAGAUGAGAACUUUUUUUAUUUGGGUAAAACAUGGUGUAAAUAUAUCUUUUUCAGAAAAAUCUAAUAAUUUGAAAGAAAUUUAUUUUCCAUUAAAUCCUUCAUAUUUUUAUGAAUUUGAAUUUGUUAGAUAAUGUGAACUGAAAUUCAGCUUCCAGUGAAUUGUCAUCCUUACAUUUUCUUGUUAAGGGUGUAUGUCAUGCAAUAUCAGAAGUGUGAUUUGUGUUUCUUUCUUAUUUUUCCUAAAUUGGGCAGAGAUAAUAAAGAAUUACCAAUUUUAUUGCAAAACAAUGUGUGCAUUAUUGCAUACCUUUCAAAUAUUUUUCAUUCCUGUGUACCUUUCAAAAUGUAUCAUCAAUUAUUGUGUGCAUUUCAAAUGGGUCAUUAAUUGUUGUGUACUUUUCAAAUAAGUUAUCAGGUGAAAGUUCAAUGAUAUUUAUGUGCCUUGUUCAUGUGUAACUCUUUUGAAAGGAGAGGAUUUAUGUCGCACUAAGGUACACGUAGCAUACACCCUUAACAGAAGGACACUUGUGAUAACUGUAGACAUGCUAUAACCAUUGUGGUUCAUUCCAUAUAAUAUGGCAAUAAAAUUAACAUCUCAGUUGGUCAAAAUCACCGGAAAUAUGAUACAUUUUCUACACAAUGAGGUACAACUGUGAUUAUUUUUAUCUAAAAGAAAGAGAAAUGUUUCCCCACAAUUAGCAAUGACCGACCAUGCCCUACUGCACAGUGCUUUGACUCAGGGAGAUCGAAAUACAUGUUACAUAUUUAUAAAUUUAAAACAAUGGUUCCCUGAAAAAUUAUAUCCUUGUACAUUCAUCUAUAUUAUUUUUAGCAAUACAGUACAUGAAUUUAGAAGUGACUUUUAUUAGCAGUUAGUUUCUAUGGAAUAGAUUGUAUAAAUUUAAUUUGAAAAAAAAAAUAUAGCUUGUGUAAAAAAAGAGCAGAAUAUACAUUCCCUGAAUGUUAACGGGUAAAACAUAGUAAAAUUUUAUAUAGUAAUCAAAAUGUAUUUAUUAGCUAUUAUAGGUAUAUUUUUGAGAAGAAAAAAUAAAUAAAAAUUCAAAUUGACUUUUGACCGUAGAGUGAAUGUAAGCAUCCAGAACUGUUUUUUUACUACCAGUUAAACUACGAUACACAGCUAAAACAUAUGUAAUCAGUAUAACUCAUCAGAUAUUGAUGAAAAAAUAUUUUCAACAUUAUGAAAUAUACGUAUCUUUAUACGAUAAAAUUGUAUUACUUGCAUUCCAGCAACCACAAAAAGUACUACAUCCAUGGAUCUGUUCGUUUAUGCAUACCAACCAGUUUGCCUAUUUUAGAAAUGUAAUAUUUCCGGUGUAAAUACAGUGUAGGCCUUGAACAGCAUCAAAUCAAUAGUUCCGCCCCUAUUUCAUAAACGAACAAAUCUGGUCCAACUGGUCCAGCUAUUUGGAAUGUGAUAAACAAAAAUGGCCAUACAUGGUUUGAUGAUAUGAUGAAUGGGGGUUAAUUACCACUUUAGCUUCUAGUUGAAUCCAUUUUUUUAGCAUUUUUUUUGUGGUGUUGUAGUCCUUAACACGGUAAACUACAGAAUAUAAAUUUUAGCUUGUUAUUAUGUAGUUAGUAUACCAGGGGCCUGCUCGUUCAUGCGGAACAACCGAUGCGUCCGUUUUUAAAUGUAACAUUUUCGGGUAUAAAUCCUGGCGGCCCAACAUUUUAGGGUAUAAAUCCUGGCGGCCCUGCAAAAGUUUAUGCAGGCGCUGCAAGGCUUUGUCAAGGCUCGCCUGAAAGCAACAUCAUAUUACUGGGUCUGACCUUACUUCAUAAACGAAUAACAGUGGUCCAACCGGUUCAACCGUUUGGACUGUGAUAAACGAAAACGGCCCAGGUAAUCAUUUGUUGGUUCUACCAGAAGGGAGAUAACUAAACAAUGUAUUUUAUGAUAUUCUGAUGUUAGGAAAAGAAUUUGAAAUUUCUUUAUGAAA